AAUAAUAACAAACUUCUGUGUUACGCUGUGCUGCGUCGCCUACGUUUUACUAUUUACUUGGCCUUAUUAUACAGAAAACAUAAGUAGAUGUUAUCUGUUCAUUUAUAUCAUUAACCUUAAUGUGGUCGGACGUUACAAUAAAGCGGUUUUAAGUGAUCUUUGACGAUAGAUAUAUUUCAGGAUUACCAGUGAGAAAAACACCAACAAUGGAUGCUGCAGCGGCUGUGGAAAAUAUAAAUUCAUUUAAUGCAGCGUUCCAUGUGUUAUCGGCUUUGCAAUUGACACAAUUCCUCUGGCCACCUCAAGCGGACAUACCAGAUGGCGCUACUUUCGAUUUUAUAGUGGUAGGCGCAGGGUCCGCGGGCUGCGUCAUUGCCAACAGAUUGUCAGAGAUUGAAGGCAUCAGCGUCCUUCUCAUAGAGGCUGGCGGAGACCCACCUGUGGAAUCUGUACUUCCAGGUUUGGCUGUGUUCGCGAAGAAAUCUGCAAGCGAUUGGAAUUACACUUCAGAAGUAGACGAAACAGGUUGCACAUUACAACACCUAAAGAAUAAACGAGUUGAAAUAACCAGAGGGAAAAUGCUUGGAGGCUCAAGCUCUAUAAACUUUAUGGCGUACACGAGAGGAAAUCCUCAUGACUUUAAUAUCUUGGCAGAUAUAACCAAGGACCCUAGUUGGGGCUGGGAUAACGUGCUUCCAUAUUUCAGGAAAAGCGAAAGACUAGAAGACCCAAUAGUUUUGAAUUCUCCAGAUAGAUUUUUCCACGGCACGCAUGGUAAUAUGGGGAUAUCAAAAUAUUCCGAUGAAGAUAAUAUUGACUACUUGGUUUCUUUUGCAGAAAUAGGGAAUAAUAUUAAAUUAGAUAUAAAUACUAAUGAUACUUUAGGCUAUACCGAAGCGAUGAUGACCAUAUCCAAAGGUAUAAGACAAAGCUCAGCAUACGCUUUUCUAUCUGAUUAUAAACACCGACCAAAUCUACAUGUUCUUAAAAAUACGCUAGUAACGAAAAUAAUUUUUGAUAACAAUAAAGCUAUAGGCGUCCAAGCUCUGCAGGAUGAUACGUUAGUAAACUUCUAUGUUAAAAAAGAAGUAAUUUUGUCGGCUGGUGUAUUCAAUUCUGCGCAAGUACUAAUGUUGUCAGGAAUAGGUCCAGAAGAGCAUUUGGUCAGCAAAGACAUCAAGGUAAUAUCAAAACUACCUGUUGGGGAAAAUUUGCAUGAUCAUAUUAACGUUUUAGUAGUUCAAAAGAUGGGCAAAGCUAAGAAAUCCAUACCUAAAAGUCCACAUGAUAAUCCCAAUGUUAUAUUGCUGGGAUUCACAACUUUAAAUGAGAGUCAAACCUUUCCAGAUUAUGAAACGAUGAGUUUCAUCUUUAGUAAUCGCGAUGACGGAUUUCUGAUGCAGUGCGCCUAUUUCUUAGCAUAUGAAAAUGAAAUCUGCCAGGAGAUUUAUGAACAGCUUGAAGGUCGGCAAUUGUUCCAUAGCCUUGUUAGUCAAUUGUACCCUCAAUCACGUGGAAAAGUUCUUCUCCGAAGUACUGACGCCAGAGAUCCUCCAUUAAUAUACCCUGAAUACUACACAAACGAUGCAGAUUUAGAAGUCCAUGUCAAAGUCCUGGAAGACUUCGCUAGAGAAACAAACACUUCAUUCUUCAGGAGUGUUAAUUCAGAGAUAUUGGUGCCUAACUCUUGUGGUUGUGGAACUAUACCUACUGGUAAGGAGUUUUGGAGAUGCUACUCAUUAUGUAUGAUGGUAUCAGGGUACCACUAUGGAGGGACAUGUGCUAUGGGAUCAGUGGUAGAUUCGGCACUACAAGUGUUCGGAGUCCAGGGUCUACGAGUAGCUGAUGCUAGUGUGAUUCCGUCUCCCCUUGGCGCUAAUCCUUGCGCAACGAUAGUCAUGAUAGCGGAAAAAUUAUCUGAUAUACUUAAACUAGAAUAUGACUUAUGGUAAACUAUAUGAAUAAAUAUUUUGUCUGGGU